CCCUCCGUAAAGCCAAACCAAGCUGAUUCACAAGCUCAAUAAUCUUAAGAAAACCAUCUAGUUCGAGCGUAACAAAUUAACAUGGGUGCCAAUGCCGAGUUUCAGAUCCCAGUCAUCGAGUUCGGAACCGGGUCAUCGGAUUUGGAGCGAGGAACCGAAGGGUGGAACCAACUGUGCAAGAGAGUUCGGGAGGCUCUCGAGACUUAUGGUUGUUUCCAGGCGGUGUACAAAAGCAUCUCGCAGAAGCUCCGAGAUGAUACGUUCGGGUUGCUGAAACAACUGGUUGAGGAAGUCCCACUGGAAAAUAAACAGAGAAACGUUAACCCCGAGCCUUUUCAUGGCUUCAUUGGACCAUGCACUGAUGAGUCUUUGUAUGAAGGGUACGGAAUUGUAGGUGCCUCCAACUAUGAGGGUGUUAAAAACUUCGCUCAACUUAUGUGGUCUGAUGGUCACCCCCGCUUUUGCGAAACUGUGCACACCAUAGUGAAUCAGAUGAAGGAGCUGACCCGUACGAUAUGGUUAAUGAUAAUAGAUAGCUAUGGAUUAGGGGAGAAAUUGGAGUCAGUGGUAAGCAACUACGACAUGCUGCUGCGGAUGAUGAAAUACAAGGCCCCUCCAACUGGGGUUUACGAGAAAGCAUUCCAUUCUCAUACCGAUAAACCAGUCAGCACAAUCAUCUGCGAUGAUCUUGUUUCAGGCCUCGAAAUUGAGCUCGAUGACGGCCAAUGGGUCAAGCUGUCUUCAACUCCCGGCUCCUUUUUCUUUGUGGUCGGAGAUCCUCUCAUGGCAUGGAGUAAUGGGAGAAUAAAAGCGGUGAAUCACAGAGUGAUGAUGAGAGGAAACAAAGAUCGAUUCUCUAUGGCAUGCUUUGCAGUUCCAGCUGAGGGUACCAUGAUCACUACUCCCAGAGAGCUCGUGGACGAGCAACAUCCUCAACUUUUCAAAGACUUCGACUUCAUGGAGUUCAUCCUUUUUUGCUUUUCCGAGCAAGCAAAACACAUCGAAUCCACCAAACAAAUCCAAGCAUUUGCUUCUCUCUCUCCACCUGUUUCCAGUUAAAAUGAUGGCGGCUCAUAUGAUGGGGAAACCCAAUUAUGACUUCAAAUUUAUGUUAUAAAAUAAUAAAUGAGUCCUCAUCUUAGAAUCCUUGUUGAUUCAUAUUGUAUUUCUAUAAUUUUAGUUUGUUAUAAAUAAUGACUCAAAAAUUGUGUUUUUAUAUCGUA